AUGAGCGAGCGUAAGGCGCGCUGGCGGGCGGCGCCGCCGCCUCCGACGCCGCUGGCGGGCUCCGACCGCAAGACACCCACCUUCCUCUGGCUCCAUUCGGAUAAGUUUACGGCGCCGUUGCUGAUGGCUGGUAGGCAGAUUUUCCCGCGAAGCAGUGAUGCGGUGGCUGCUGCUGCUGCUCCGCUUUUGCUGCGGCCCCCGCGUUUGCUGCUGCUCCCGUUUUUGCUGCUGCCCCUGCUGCUGCUGCUCCAGCUGCUGGUGCUCCAGCUGCUGCUGCUGCUGCUGCUGCUUAUCGUGCUACAGAUGCUGAAUAUUCUGCAUAUCCUUCUCUGCAUCUCUCCUUCCCCAGUCUUCUUCUUUUUCGUCUUUUUCUUCUUCUCCUCCCGCCUUUACAGAAGCACCAGAGACAGCAGCAGCAGCAGCAGCUUCUUAUCCUUCAGCAGCUGUAGCAUCGAGAGCACCAUCAUUUCACUCUUCUUCUCUCCUUCUUCUUG